AGAGAGAGAGAGAGAGAGAGAGAGAGAGAGAGAGAGAGAGAGAGAGAGAGACAGAGAGGCGGUGUAUCGUAUCUUCUCCUCUUCUUUGUCCCUCCUCCACCAUAGUACUCCUCCUCACGCCGCAGUCGGUCUCUCCUCGCAUCCCGCCGCAAACGGGAUGACUCACAACAACCUUCACUUCACCCUCACCUUCAUUUAACCCAGCCGGUGUGUAGCCACACGCGCCGCGCCUCGUAUCCGCAUCCGUCGAAACGGCAGCGGCAUGAUGCCCGACGCGGCGGCGGCGGCGGCGGCCGCUGCAUCAUCGGCGAGCAGCAGCAUCAGCAGCAGCGGCGAGAGCGGCGAGAGCUCGCGGCACAGACACCGAGCGCAGGGAGACGCGGAGCGGCCGGAGCAGCAGCAGCAGCACGCCGCUGCCCCUCAGCCAGCGUCGGCGGGCGUUUUGGAUAAGCUGUUCGGGAAGCGGCUGCUGCAGGCCGGGAGACACAUCAUGUCCCAUAAAUCCUGGAUGAAGACAGUGCCCACGGAGAACUGUGAUGUCCUUAUGACGUUUCCAGACACCACAGAUGACCACACGCUGCUCUGGCUUCUGAACCACAUCCGGCUCGGCAUCCCAGAACUCAUUAUCCAGAUCCGACACCACAAACACACCAGAAUGUACGCCUUCUUCGUCACGGCCACAUACGAAAAUCUUUUACGCGGGGCUGAAGAGAUGGGACUGCAGAAAGCUGUGAAGCCGGAGUUUGGCGGCGGUUCUCGCAGUUUCUCCUGUGAGGAAGAUUACAUCUACGAGAACAUUGAGAGUGAACUCUGUUUCUUCACCUCACAGGAACGUCAAAGCAUAAUCAAAUACUGGCUGGACAAUCUGAGAGCUAAACAUGGAGAGGCCCUCCACAACAUCCACUUCCUGGAAGGGCAGCCAAUCAUUCCCGAGCUGAGGGCCCGGGGUGUGAUCCAGCAAGUCUUCCCGCUUCAUGAGCAGAGGAUUCUGGGACAGCUGAUGAAGUCGUGGGUGCAGGCCGUGUGUGAAAAACAGCCGCUCGAUGAUAUUUGUGAUUAUUUCGGCGUGAAGAUUGCCAUGUACUUCGCCUGGCUGGGUUUCUACACCACUUCCAUGUUGUAUCCGGCCGUUAUUGGCUUUGUGUUGUGGAUGCUCACCGAAUCCGAUCAGACCAGCAGGGAUAUCUGUUGCGUGGUGUUUGCUCUCUUUAACGUGGUGUGGGCCACGUUGUUCCUGGAGCGCUGGAAACGCAGAGGAGCGGAGCUGGCGUAUAAGUGGGGUACACUGGACACCCCAGCUGAGUCCCUGGAGGAGCCCAGACCUCAGUUCAGGGGUGUGAAGCGGUGCAGUCCAGUGACGGGCUGUGAGGAGUUUUAUUACCCGCCCUGGAGGAGGAGAGUGUUCAGAUGGCUGGUCAGCUUUCCCGUCUGUAUAUUAUGCCUUUGCUUUGUAUUUCUGGCCAUGCUCGUCUGCUUUGAGCUUCAGGAAUUUGUGAUGGGGAUUAAGGAGCUUCCACGUGUAGCAAGAUUUAUCCCUAAAAUCAUGUUGGCCAUCACUGUGACGGCGUGUGAUGAGGUGUACAGAAAGAUCGCCUGCUGGCUAAACGACAUGGAAAACUACAGACUCCAGAGUGCCUAUGAGAAAAAUCUCAUCAUCAAAAUGGUUCUUUUUCAGUUUGUAAAUUCUUAUCUCAGCCUUUUCUAUAUUGGAUUCUACCUCAAAGACAUGGAGCGUCUGAAAGAGAUGCUGGCCACGCUGCUGAUUAUCCGGCAGUUCGUGCAGAACAUGAAGGAGGUCCUGCAGCCCUACCUGGCCGAGCGGCACCGUCUGGGUGAGCUGACGCUGAGGGCCGUUUGGGAGCUGCUGGUGUCCGCUCUGCUCAGGUACGGGCGUCUGGCAGCGGGACGAGCACAGGUCUCUCCCAGCGACCCCACCGUGCUCGGCUCGGGCCUGCGCGGGCCGCAGAUGGGCGAGGACGGCCCUCAGGAGAGACGAGAGCGCAAGUGUCUAAACGGCGGUUGCGGCGUCCCGGAUGAGGACGUGGAGGAGGAGCCCGGCGAGAGGCACAGCGAGGAAGACAACGAGUCGGAGAGCCUCAUCGAUUGCGGCCUGAAGCUAAGGAAGGUCAGCUUCAUCGAGAAGGUGGAGCGCAAGUCUGCGAGCUGCGUCAGCCCCGUGGAAGACAGCUUCCUGGAGGAGGGGAGCCCCACCAUGGUGGAGAGGGGCAUGGAUCCUGCCUCGGUUUUCGAGAUGUGCGAUGAUGAGGAUGAAAACGGGGCUCCGGAGAUGAAGGAGAUGACUGCCGAGCCGCUGCCGGCGGGUGUGGAGAACACCGCGUCAGUCAGGCUCAGGAAGAGGGGGCGGAGCUUAGAGAGGGCUGACAGUAAGACCAAGAGAGAUUCGUGGAUGGAUCCUCCUGAGGAGCAAGAAACCACCACCCUAACACAGGCAGAGAUGGAGAGCUGCAUGCAAACCUACCAGGACACUUUUCAGGACUAUCAAGAGAUGUUUGUUCAGUUUGGAUAUGUGGUGCUCUUUUCCUCUGCCUUCCCAUUGGCCGCCAUGUGUGCCCUCAUUAACAAUAUCAUUGAGAUCCGGAGCGACGCGUUUAAACUGUGCACCAGCCUGCAGAGACCCUUCGGCCUGAGGGUGGGGAGCAUCGGGCAGUGGCAGACAGUGAUGGAAGCCAUGGGUCUGAUCGCCAUCAUAGUGAACUGCUAUCUGAUUGGUCAGUGUGGGCAGCUACAGAGACUGUUUCCUUGGCUUAGUCCUGAGAUGGCCAUUAUCUCCAUCGUCAUCCUAGAGCACUUUGCAGUUCUCUUGAAGUAUAUCAUUCAUGUGGCAAUACCAGACAUCCCCAGCUGGGUCGGAGAGGAAAUGGCCAAACUUGAGUUUCAGCGCAAAGAGGCGUUUAAGAAGCAUGAACGUCAGGCACAGCAGCAUUUCCAGGAGCAGCAAAGGAGGAAGCGUGAGGAAGAGGAGCGCCAACGGCAGGCGGAGUAUCAAGCUCGGCGUGAUCGAGAUGACGGCCGCUCUGACUCUUCGGGUGGCGAUCACCACCAUGACAAGAGCCACAGCGGCAAAUCCAGAGCAGGGGGAAGCGCUUCUGGGGGGGAGAAACCCAAACGUCCCAGCUCGCUUCUUGGAAACAACAAUGUCAUGAAACUGAAGCAGAUCAUCCCUCUACAGAACAAGUUUUCAUCCGGCACGGCCCGUUCCCCGCAGUCACCCACGGGUAGCGAACCCAAGCUACCAGGUUUCCUUAGUUUUAAGUUCCUGAAAUCUCCUGAAAACAAGAAGGAGGCGGUGAUGGCUUCUGCUAGUGCUACGCCAGCUCCUCCAGUCCAGGAGAGGGCGGAAAGAUCCCAAUCACCCAACAAGUCCUUCAAUCCUGGGAAACUCUUUAACUUUGGGAAAUCAGAGGGAGGGGCAUGUGUAAAUGGGGCACAACCUUCAAAACCAGGGGAUGGGGGACAGGUGCAGGACAAGCCUCCGACAAAGUCCGACCUCAACGGGGUCCCGGACGAAAUCCCUUCCCCUUGUGGAGAGAACGGGGAGAAUGCAUCCUCAUCCGAUGCUGAUCCAUCAGCCUCUAAGAUGUAACAUGAAAAGAAAAGAAAAAGACAGUGUGAGAACUUACUUAGUAACAUUGAGUGUGGGAAAGUGUUUUUUGAGGCUGUGCAAGACCUGGAAGCUGUUAAGUUAAAGGCAUAAUGGGGAAUUCACUGAAAGCCCAGGUGUACUUCAUUUUUCGCGUUCUGCUAUGUCUAGUGCACUGUUGUGCGUGCAAGUGUGCUCUGUUGACACUGAGCAUAGAUGGACUAGUUUGGUGCGAGCGCCAGCUGUUAUUUUUGAGAUCUGAAAUCACAUAUGCACUGUUAUAUGUGCAAAGUUCAAAAAUUGGGCUGCAAGUGGAUGGUGAACAUGGCAAAUAACAAAAAUUGUCACGUGGACUGUUUGCAAGCCAGAGCGGAACACAGACUAGGGAAGAUUACUUUUGCCUUUCCAAUAGAUUGGGUCGAAAGAUGAGCGUUGUGUAUUUCAGGUGUAUGAUUCAGGUGAUGGUCGCCAUUAGAGGUCAACCGAUUUUACCGAUAACCGGUUUUACCGAUUAAUCAACCGAUAGUUUCUAAAAUGGACACUGCAUGAAAAUAAACACUCCAAAUAAAAUAGCGCUGAGGUUUAUUACAAAAAAACAAUUAUGAAUCAUAAAAAUGUACAGUACUUUUUUAAAAUGAUAUAUAAAACAAAUGUAAUGUAAUUGGAAAACCCCCUUUAUAUUGACGUUAAAAAAGGACUGAAUUGGGAUCAGUUUCUGAUUUGCUUUCUCACAUCAGUAGUUUUAAAUAUGCAACUUCGCUGGCCAGCAAAUGCAUAAAAGUAACCAGCUGGAUAUGAGUAAUGCAAAUAGAUGGUAACAGCCAUGACAUUAAACGUUUGGGUCAAAGUUUGUCACAUUGUUUUUCCACUUGAGGUACUGCUAAUUUUAGCAUCCUCUCUGCCGGCAACCGUACUGCUGAUCGUUCUCUACUAUCGUGUCUUCAAUCAACACAUUAAUUGCUUUAUAAUGCUAUACAACAUAUGCUGUAGUGUGGUCUAUGCACAGUGUUUUGUUGUCUGUUUUAAAUCAGUCCCUCUCUGUGCAAUCAGUGUUCAGUCUCAUGUGUCAAAACAAACAGCACAUGAUUCGCCUUUAAAGGCUGCUCUCGUUCUGUAUAAUCACAGUCAAUCUUUUCAGUCACUUCAGCAAACAGACACAACUUAUGCCAUUGAUUUAUGCCAAUAAUUGAUUGUUCCACCAACCGAUUAUCGGUGCCGAUUAAUUGGCAAUAUCUGCAAAGAUCAGUUGGCCUCUCAUCACCACAGAUUUAAUGCUGAGGGUUUUCGCGACUUAUUUCCAGUCAAUAGCCGACAGACAGGAAUUAGUCAAAUUUGCAUAGAAAGUAAGCUGACAACAAGGCAGAUUUCGUAAUUUAAGUACGCAUGGCGUAGUGCAGUAUCGUCGCGUAUACAACUAGAUUAAGUUGGAUUGCGGCUGGUAAAUGACGCAUGGUUUCGUGCAGAAACGCUACACUCUACAGUGGUGCAACUGUUUAGUGAAUUUGCCCCAUAAUGGUUAAUGCUUCGCUAUAUUUAAGAAAAAAAACUUUGUAGAAAAGACCCCCGACAUACGCACACUUAUUCACACACACAUUGCCUUUUCUGCAACCCAAAUAGGAAUGCAUGAGCUGCGUUUCUGACGGUUUUUAAAGUGCAGUGUUUAAUUAAUAGUCUGAUAAUUGUAACAUUUUAUUGGGUUGCCAGUAGAAAAAAAAAGGAAGAUCAAUUACCGCACAUUUUAUACCAAUCUCACAGUAUGACCUCCAAAAUACCAUAACUAUAAUUUCAUAAGCAGCGGUUCCAACUAUGGGUGAUGAAAACUUUUGUAUGUUGUAUGUUUAAAUCAGUUGGUUUAGUAGAGCAAUAGCAAACAAGCAAAAACUACUGGUGGUUUAAUAGUCCGUACUGAAUAAUAGGCCCCGAAUGGCAAUAUGUUCAUGUUAAUAAGUGAAAAUCUGCAAUGGAACAAAUGCAAAUGGGUGUUUGAUGUUGAUUAUUUAUUUGUCUAAAAUUCCUAUAUCUGAAGCGCUGUACACAAGGAUAGAAAACCGCUGCCAUCUCUUGAAUUUGAUGCUCAUCUUUGGGUUCACGUCGGGUUUCCACCAGCAUCCUUAUCAUUACGGCUCUGUUUUAAGCCUUGUUACCUUUAGUGCAGACUUUAACCCUCCGUAAUUACAUCACAUCAGACAGGAAACUACCCUUAACUGCAAGAUAGUGUUGACCUCCAGUCAAACGUGCAACGCACCGAACCCUAUAGAUUACAUCUUAAAUGCUUCAAAUUAGUUUUCCAGACAAAUUUUUACAAAACUUUGAAAGAGCUUAAAUAUAGUUUAACAUUUUGGUUACUGCGCGUAUAUGAAAUAUACAUCAUUUGCAUAAUCCCAUUUGCAUUAUUUCACAGUUUUGGCGGCUUUCCUAUUUUCAAAAAAUUUGGAAAUGUUUUUCCAAAACCGUUGGCUGUAAUGAUUAGCUAAUAAUGAUUAGAUAAUUAAAUAUUAAUGAAUCAUUAUCCUGCAAGCCGAUGUAAGCAGCCUCAUCACAUACAAAUAUUGUAUUUUUUAUUAAUACACUACUGAAAUAAUCCACCGUCGCUACUAUUAAUCUACUCGUUGCCAAUUUUCAUUUAUUCAUGCCCACUUGUGUUUGUCUUUUUAAUUUUUUUUUACUGAUGCAAAAGUAAUAUUUGCCUCCUCUUUGCACAUUAUUUUAGUGUAAGUCGCAUUUUUUUGCGUAAAGCUGCUAAGCGUGUUUUUUUUCGGUUUGGAAAUGUGAAGGAAGCCGUAAAUGUUUCUUAAACGAACCGUCUCUGUCUUUAGAGGCGGUUUGAAUGUGCGUUUUUCGAAGAACUUCUUUGAAUGACCGAAGCAACCGAGGAAGGGUCGUCGCAGAAGUCACGGUGUCACACUCUUCAAAGGGUUUCUAUGAAGCAGUUGAAUCUGUGUAAAGCUGUUUGUAUUCCAGCGUAAGGUCACGAAGAAACAAGGUGCCUCAAGUCAUGGAAUAUAGGCCUAUACGAUUUUUACUUUUAAGUUUAUAGGCAACAAAACAAACUAUGCAUUUAGUUCUUUAUUUGGUUGACAAGAUUUGCUGAACAUACGUUGUUGCAAUACUAUUUUGGCCUGAAUGAUGGUUUUAAUCUGUUUUUUUGGUAUACAUUCAUCAAGCCAUUGAUUAUCAGUUUUCAAUUCAUUUCAUUGACAACAUCAUGCUUCCAUUGGGUCGUUUUCCACCAAAUAUUAAUUUGUCUUCACAAAAUAAUGAAUCGCUUGAACACGUUAUUAUAUCCUGUUUGCAUUGCACAGGCUAUGCAAAAACCGGAUUUGAUUCAUGGAUUCACGAAAUGGGUUGGAUGUUACAUUUUCAGUGUUAAAAAUGAGGUAUCUGUCACCUAAAUUAGAUUUUGUCUUUUAUUCGGUGUGAUAUCCUCUUGACGGAGUCUCUGGCCUGUGAUUAGAAAUGCGCAGAAAAAGUCACUAAGUGGUGAAGAACCGGAAGUGUUUGUUAGCAAGAGUAGUUUUUUUUUUUAGCUCGGUCGCUUUCUUUGUCGACCGAACUCUGCAAUAUGAGAGAUCCUAGUCAUUUCUGUAUCACGUUUCAUCCACCUUACGGAGUCGGGCCAUCUCUGGCCUAAUAACGUUCAUGUUUCUGUUACCGUUUCAUUUAACGGUUUUGAGUAGUUAAGCUGCCGAUAGCUGGAAGCAUCGCGAGGCUGCAUAGGCUUGUCGUCUAAGAACUGCUUUACAUUGGGUCUAACUGUGAAAUAUGAACUGAUUGUGACGAGGAGCCACAGAAUUCUUUCUCUGAAGGCAUCCUCACAAACCUAUCAUGAGCUCUUCCAAUGUUCCACUGUAAAACUUUUCUUUGUUAAAGAAACAAUAUUAGGGAGCGGGAUUAUUUAUUUCUUUUAUUUUGUCAUAUUUUUGUAACUGAAAUGGGAUAAUAAACAGAUUUAAAUUUA